AUGGUGCAUGGAUCUUCAGUGUCUUUAAGGAUCCAAGUGCCAUCUAGAUUAAUUGUAGAAUCUCUGAGGCUAAAUUGGGUACCCAAAGCAAUUUUGAGAGUCUUAGCGUCAGACCAAGAACACACUGAGCCGUUCCCAUCAAUUGAAGUGUGUCAUAUGUCAAAACCUUGCUGCAUGAAGGACAACUGUUUUAUCUAUUGGUAUUUAAAUGAUAUUAAGACAUAUACAUAUGAUGAGCUGUAUGAUGCUGACACAACAUCUGUAGAAGCUAAAUACUUUUUGCAGAUCACACAUUUGCUAUUUGAUAAGGUGUAUCCAGAGUUGCAGAGACAACUUUUUGAAGCUAAGCAAAUAUUAGAAGAUCCUAUAAAUAUAGCGUCUGCGCACUUUUUGUAUCCUUUCGUCCCGAUUUCUCCCAACAUGAUCGAAGGUUGGUUUUGCAACGCUUGCUUAUAAACCAAUAAAUCCACCCACCUAACAAUGCAAAUUUUUUUAAUUAAAAGGUUGCUUUAACCAAAAAAAUUUGGCUAAACAGCCCUCCGGUUAUCUCGGGUGACAUCAGGACAUAGUGAGUCAGUAACUAUUGAGAAUAUAUAUAUAUAUAUCAUUAUUUUUUCUAUAUUAAAAAUCCCCAUUUGCUACAAUAUAAAAUAGUUCCUUCGAUAGGAUACUCUGAAAUUCAAGAAUCCCAAUUUUCGUCAAUCCUAAUUCCUGAGAAGUUGUGCUACAAUCAUUUGAUUUUCAUUUCCACCAAAUUCAUCAACAGAAGAGCUUGGGCUAGUAUUAGCUCUAUUUCCUGACUGAAUAUUUGAUUUUUUUGGCUGAAGAAAUUGAAUUUUAUUUCAUUAUUCUUUUCCUCUCCUUAUUGCUUUCUUGAAACAAUUCAUAGGUAA